AUGCCCAAUUUACUAAGUCUCCCUACCGAAUUGAUCACACUCAUCGGUUCGUUUCUGAGGGCAGGAGUCAUAGGCCUUCUCCGCCUCGUCAACAAAGAACUUCACACAAAGACAUGGCGCAGCUUCUGUCUUCGCUUCCAAACCGUGAAGGUAUCUCUAAUUCGCAUCAGCAUACAAGCACUGAGUGAUGCUACGUCAUCCCCCGACAUCGCCAACGAGAUCAAGCACAUGAUCAUCGGCACCGAAACCCUUGAACAAUACGAACAUGCACCAACGUCAUAUCCCCGUGCGCUGCGUGCUAUGAUAGCCAAUGAGGGCAAGGCCGUCGACUUGCGCAUCUGGCUGCAAAACAUCAUCGGCCAGAAGCUGCCGAAUCUGCGUACAAUCACAUUAGAAGACCGACCCGAAGAUCCAGAUAGCGAAUACUAUCGUCCAAAUUACGGUGGGUGA